AUGUAUUUAUCAAGGUUGGUGAGGUUACCAAAGAAACCUUUCACUGAGCUUGAUUAUGUUCGUCAUAUGCCGAAAGAAUAUGUUGAACGAACUAAAAGGACUAUACCAAGAAAAGUCUUCGGCGGACGGUUCGGAGCACCAGAUGUUAAAAGAUGGGUCAUACAUCCUGAUGAUUACGAGCCUACUCAUCAGAGACCAUGGGAGCAUGAUGUAAUUGGAAAGAGUUUAGAAAGAGAGAAUCAAUAUCAUUCUGCAAAACUCUCAAAUAAGCAUUUCGAGUUGCGAAAAUCCAAAAUAUCUCGAAUACCGGAGGAGCAAUGGACUUUUUUCCCAGGAGAUCUUGUGCAAGUGAUGGUUGGUAAAGAUAAAGGAAGACAAGGAACAGUUCUUCGUGUUUCACGAGAUACGAAUGAGAUUUUUGUGGAAGGUAUGCACUGCAAGCUCGAAGAAGAGCUAAAAGGAGUUGAAAAAAUUGGAAUUGAUAAAGUCAUGUCAUGGAAAGAGCAACCUUUACGCGUAGACAAAAACCAAGUUAAGCUCGUGGAUCCUAAUGACAAUGACACUUGUUCUGCCAAGUGGAUUCUUAAUGAUAGCAAGUCCGAGUACAUUCGCGUAUCGGAACGAUCUGGCUUUGAGAUCCCAAUUCCCAGUCAAGCUAAAGUCACUUAUGAAUACAUACAGCCUGAUAAAUAUAUAGAAGUCGAAAAUAAGGAUACUCCUGCAGCCAUCGUACUUGAAAGGACCUAUGUGCCUAAGCUAUGUUCUUUUGAGGAAGAAAUAAAUGAAACUCAUGGAAUCAAAGAGCAAAGUCAGCCUCAACCAACGUAUUGGUACUAG